ACAGGUCCUCUUUCUCCCCUCCAUUAUGUACACAGGAAGUCAUUGUGUGUCCCACCCGGAAGUGUCCGGGCUCCGAAGACGGAGAGCCACGCCACGAUCUCUCAGUUCGGUUCCGCCCCUCCAGUUGUCCAGGACGUUUGUAAGCAGUGGCUCUCCUCUCCUCUCCUCCCUGGUGAUGAGGGUCCCGGAGUCGGGGGUGGUGGCCUCAUAUCUGUGUCUCAGUGGCGUUUGCCUCUACUCAGCUUUGCGCACUCUGCAGGUACACAGAGGGGCGGCGGCCGGAUUCUUGCUCCACGCCACGGCUUCUGCCAUCACCAUAGGGUGUGACCUUCUAUGGAAAGAAGACCCCGACUCUCUCCGCUGCUCCAGCUAUUGGAUUGCCAGUGUUCUCGGUCUGCCUUUCUUGGUCUUCUCCUUCUUCUGGCUGAAUGGAGAUCAAUUGACGGCCAACCUGGUCUUGGGCUCUGCGCUGCUUCUCACCAUGGCCUACGGGUACCUGACUCAAGAAAGCCAAAUGGUGGCCCCUUAUUUCACCAGAGCCGGAGCAACCCUGGCAAUUCUGAUGAUCUCGGUGUUCACUGGGAACCGUUAUGGGGUGCUGGGCAGCCUGGCCCUGGCAACGUCCAGUCUCAUGUCAUUCCUGAAGGCUGCAGAUAUCCCUCCUUUCCAAGGGAAGAUCAUACAGAACUAUGUGCUUAGCAUGUCAAUCCUGCUGCUCCACAUGGCUCUGAGGCAAGAGGCUUGAGAUUUCUAGAGUCUGGAGGAGAGAGGGACCAGGUGUCUGGGUAGAGGAGGAGAGGGGAGCCAGGGGUCGGGAAAGGGAGGAGAGAGGG